UGGAUGUAAAUUGGGCCGAAGAAAGAGACUGAGAUAGUGAAGGUGGCGGAGGUAGGUGGCAGUGAUCCAAGAGGAUUACGUGCGGUCACGGCGGCGAUAAGACCGGGACCUCAAAGCCCUACUCUCACUGGUUCAUACUCGGCCACCCCUUUUCUUCUCCUUCUCCUUCUCUUUCUAUAUAUUCUUCCUUCUUUCUCUUUACCCACCGGGGCCUUCGGAAAGGCGCUUCAUUUUUUUAAAAAAACCACCCAAUACCCAAUCAUCAACGCACACACACACACACACACGGACGGAGUGCUGUAGAUUCUUCUACCUCUUUCCAAGCUUCUCUUGACAUUCUCUUCUUUCUUUCUUCUUCUACUACUGACCUCACCCACUCACGAUGGAUAGGUACCAGAGAGUGGAGAAGCCCAAGUCAGAGAAUACUCCUAUAAACGAGAAUGAGAUUCGCAUUACUACUCAAGGAAGGAUGAGAAACUACAUUACUUAUGCCACCACUAUUCUUCAGGAGAAAGGGUCAAACGAGAUUGUUGUCAAGGGAAUGGGCAGAGCUAUCAAUAAGACUGUUAUGAUUGCUGAGCUAAUUAAGAGAAGGAUUGUCGGUCUCCAUCAGAACACAGCAAUUGGAUCCACUGAUAUAACUGACAUGUGGGAGCCACUUGAAGAAGGACUUCUUCCUCUCGAGACUACAAGACAUGUUUCAAUGGUGUCAAUUACCUUGUCCAAGAAGGAGCUAGAUACAUCUUCUACAGGAUACCAAUCACCUCUUCCCGUUGACCAAGUGAAACCAUGGAAUGAAUUUGAAGAUGAAGGAGAUGGAUCACCUAGAAUAAGAGGUAGGGGACGUGGUAGAGGAAGAGGCAGGGGUAGAGGGAACUACAACGGUCCAUCUGAGUAUCAGGGAGAUGGUUGGGAUGGAGGGCGAGGUUUUGGACCUCGAGGUCGAGGACGUGGAAGAGGUCGUGCAUUUCGUGGAAGGGGACGUGGUUAUGGUCGCCAAUCAGGGGGAUAUUAUGAUUAUGGUGAACCUAUGGCACCACCAGUACCGGGUCGGGGUUUCGCAGGACGAGGUCGUGGCAGGGGUCGGGCUCGUGGUCGUGGUGGUUAUUAUCGAUCCGAUGGUCCAGUGCAAGCAGCUGCUGCUUGAGAGGCAAACGUGAUCAACGUGGUUGCUGGUUGCAUUUUGCCAAUGGCCUCGAUAUUUUAUAGUUCUGUCUUCUAUUUUUUUUGUUUGUUUUCUUUUCAAGUUCGUAAAUUGCUGCCAUGGAGGUAGGAGUUGUAGUUUCUGUAGUUUUGUUGAGAUAGGAAGGUUUUCAUAGUUCGAAAUUAACUUCAAGUACAUCCGAGGCAAAUGGCUGUAAAUUAUUAUUAAUAUUUUUUUCAUAUUCGUAUUCAAUAGGAGAGAGUGGUAGUGUAGCAGCAGCGCAGUACAUUCUUUCAUUCUUACGUGAAUUUGCAUGCUGAUCUAUCUAUAUAUUUUUUUCUUCAUUA